CACCCACAUAUGUUGGGCAGAACUGAAGUUUUUAUCUGCCAAGUCAAAGUUUGUGGUCUCUUUUGCUCUGCUGUACCCUGUGCCACACCCCCCUUUGUUUGGUUAUUUCUGUUGCAGACAGACAGAAGAAACCAAGAGCACAACAAAUCAAUCACUCCCCAUGCACUAAUACUCUCAUUUCUACAGAUUUCGUCUCACUCUGUGAAUUGGGUAGUAGUAUUUCAUUUCUCCCCCCUUUGGAAAUGGAAAAGUCCCCUGUAUCCUCUGUUUUUCUCGUUGCCUCUGUUUUCUUCUUCCUGUCCCUAUUCCAUGGCGGAUUAGCCACAACUACAACCACACAAGACGGAUCAGAAGACUGGGGAUAUGUUGAAGUUAGACCCAAAGCCCAUAUGUUCUGGUGGUACUACAGGAGUCCAUACAGAGUUGAGGAUCCAAACAAGCCAUGGCCAAUAAUUCUCUGGUUGCAGGGUGGACCUGGUGCUUCAGGGGUUGGGAUUGGGAAUUUUCAAGAGGUUGGUCCAUUGGACACUGAUUUGAAGCCUAGGAAUUCCACAUGGUUGAGCAAGGCUGAUCUCUUGUUUGUGGAUAACCCAGUUGGGACCGGAUUCAGUUUCGUGGAGGACACAAAGCUGUUUGUGGAAACAGAUGAAGAGGCAGCAACUGAUUUGACAACAUUGUUGAUGGAGAUUUUCAACAGGAAUGAGAGUCUCCAAAAGAGUCCUCUGUACAUUGUGGCAGAAUCCUAUGGAGGAAAAUAUGCUGCGACUCUUGGAUUAUCAGCUCUGAAGGCUAUUGAAUCUGGAAAAUUGAAGCUUAAACUUGGAGGAGUUGCAUUGGGAGACAGUUGGAUCUCACCAGAAGAUUUUGUGUUGUCAUGGGCUCCUCUACUCAAAGACCUCUCAAGACUUGACACCAAUGGAGUUCAUAAGGCAAACAGUUUAACUCAAAAAAUCAAGCAACAAAUUGAGAAUGGCGAAUUCGGAGAUGCGACAAACUCGUGGAAUGACCUCGAAGACGUGAUCAGCACCAGCAGCAGCUCUGUUGAUUUCUACAAUUUUUUGUUGGAUUCAGGAAUGGACCCUGUCUCCUCAUCCGCUGCUGAAUUAUCUAAAGGUGUUGCGAUGAAGCGGUACUCGAGAUACCUUGAUUCACUGAGGAGGUCUUCCCCGGGCAGCGGCCGUGGCGGCCGAGGUGCUGGAAGUGAUGGUGAUAUUGAUAGCUUGAUGAAUGGUUCUAUUAAAAAGAAGCUAAAGAUUAUACCAGAAAAUGUUACAUGGGGAGGACAGUCAGGUCUAGUUUUCGAUUCACUUGCUGGAGAUUUUAUGAAGCCAAGGAUCAGUGAGGUGGAUGAACUCUUGGCUAAAGGUGUAAAUGUGACCGUGUACAAUGGGCAGCUUGAUCUCAUUUGUGCAACCAAGGGGACAGAAGCAUGGGUUGACAAGCUAAAGUGGGAAGGUCUGAAAAAUUUCUCGAGCACAGACAGAAUUCCUAUCUACUGCGGAGGUGAUAGAGUGACAAAGGGGUUCACGAAAUCCUACAGAAACUUGCACUUCUACUGGAUCCUUGGAGCUGGCCACUUUGUACCUGUUGAUCAGCCCUGUGUCGCAUUGACUAUGGUGGGUGCCAUCACACAGUCUCCUAGUAUUUCGUCCACCUAAGAAAUAAAAAAUAGAAAAAAUAAAUCAUACUGUACUGCAGUGUAGUGUCAAGGAAAAAGAACAAGAUACAGAAAGAAAGAUGAGGAGGGGGUUUGGGUUUGGGUUUUUGGGUUUUGUCUGAGAGAUUGUGUGAAGGAGCAAUGAACACGCCAAAGCAGUGAAAGAAGGAAGAAGAAGAAGCUGCUCAGGGUGCAAUUUAUUGUGGUCAGCUGUUCCACACUAGGAAUAAAUAGAACUACAGUACUCCAAUAAGUACCAUUUCUGGUUUUUUUUUUUUUUUCAUUUUUCUUGUUUUCAUCUUUGGAUGCCUUUCUUAUUUAAUAUUCCAAAAUUCAGUAAUAACUGUCGUACAAGCUGAAUUUACUUACAGAAGGUUCAUACAAAAUGAAGAAUUAGUGCAGAAAUGAAUGACAAGCGCAGGCCCAUUAGCU